UUGAAUGAGGUUGCAGUUCUGAAUGAAACGUGAAUCUCCUGCUGUUAAGCAAGACAAAUAACUUUAAAAUAUUUUUACUACUCUUUUUACUGUUUUUAUAGUAGGAUUAUUAUAACACGUUUUGUGUGCCAGUCUGAAUUUUUGAAAUAUCCUCAUUUUCCUUGAGAGUCUUUAGAGCCAUAAUUUUGUUGGAGGACAGGAAAAAAACACCCCUUGGUAAAGGAAAAUUCUGAAACAGGAACAUUCUGGCGGUGUCAUAUAUUGUGAUAAGUCAGGGUCUGUGAGUAUGUUGUCAACGCUUUCUGAUAAGGGAAGAGGAAAUCAUGUCAUCCUAUGUAAGACUUCUUAGUACCAUCCUAAUAAACAGGAAACACUCACUUCUUGUCAUUUGAUUGUUUUUGACUGUUAACCUGAGUAUCUUACUGCCUAACCAUUGAGAUCGCCACAAAAAUAUAUGUGCCUUUUCUUAAAUAAUUUUCAGCACCUGAGACAGUGGAAUUUCAAACUCGUCAGAAUGGCAAGCGUUUUGACACAACAUCAACCAACACGAUGCACAUCAAAGCCAUUCUUGCAUUCAUGUCCUUGUUCAUCGUGUUAACCUAUGGUUCGACGGAGGAAAAAAGAGAAUGCAAGACCUUAUUGAGUUCAGGCCUUGCACUGUACUGCCCAACUGAUGAGGAACCAGAAAAGACUGAUUGUUGCGAAGAUGGAGGAUUGUCUUCCUGCUGCAUUAAAGAAGUUCAAGAUCAAACCUUGGUGAUGAUCAUAGCUUUGUCAGUCAUCAUCUCAUGCUUUAUUUUGACAAUUUUAAUUGUGGUGUGCUGCUUUUGUCCCAAGUGUUUGCUCUAUGAUGCUUGUCGUGCCAAAUAUUCUCGCUCUGAGAUCAUAUCAUACACUAAAGAAGAGGAAAUGGCUCUGAAUUCUACCAUGCCAUACGAAAACCAACAUGAAACAUCAAGUUACAGUACCCAAACCAUUAAAAUCAAGCCUAUUGCAGAUGUAUGAGGUACAAUUUUCUCUUCCUUUUUACAAAAAUCUAAUGUGUUCUUGUUUUGUAAGCGACAGCUCUGUGUAACUUUUGCCCUCCAUUUUCAUAACUUAUUUUUUAUUAUUAUACAUUUUCUACUCUGUAAGUAAUAUUUUAAUUUGAUGUAUGUCUAUCUUUUUGGUUGAUCUCUUAAUACUGUCUAAAAUUGAAUCUCACUAUGAAUAAGGAAGAGAUCCCUUUUUCUUUAGCUUGCUAUAUUACUGUACCUAAAUAAUGCUAUGCUACCCAGGCACUAAUGUACAAUUUUAAGGACUGUGAGUUAUUUUAUCUGUUUGACACAUUGUCAUUGCAUUUCUCACGGUUGUGACUCUCAAAUGUCCUUAUUUUCUUAUGCUUUUUCGUAAUUAUGUGUACUACUGUAUCACCAAAGACAUGUAAUCAUGUUUUUAGCUAUUAUGAUGUAUGUGAUUGCUUUAGAAUGUAAUUAUUUGACCAUCACUGUGAGAUACAAUGGUUGGUCUCUCUAACUUUUUGUGAGGAGUGGGCUUUUUAUCCUGAAAAGUGACUCGCAUUAUGCCUAGAAACUUGCCAUGACCUCACUGAGGUCAUUGUAAAGUUUCUGAAUUGAAACACAUUCCAAUAGGUUAUCACUAGCUUGUGAUGUUUGAUGUUUUGUACCAGUUUAAGUACAUAUUGUGAUUUUUAGAUUGAUAGAUGGUAUGUUUUAGUUAAAUGAGUAUUACUGUACCAAUAAGUUUUUUUACAGUAUUGAGAGCCUAAUUUUGUACUCCUUUGAACUGUCUUGGCAAAUUCUUGCGACAAGAAAAUUCAAAUUAACUCUUAAUUAGUGUAAGGUUUUGCUACUACUCAUGUUCUAUUGUUGUACAGCCAUUGCAUUUUUUUCUUCUAGUCAUCAGAUUCUUGCCUGGUUUAAAAGACAUUUUUUUUUUGUUACUGUAUACUGUAAUUUUUUUAUAUUAAUCUACCACUGUAUUUUUUAUUUUUUCACUCUUUCAAGUUAAGUUGUUUUUAGCUUCCCUUAUUCAUUUUCAUAUGAGAACUAUUUAUUUUCCUGCCUUUAUGGGUAGUAGGGAAUGUAGACAUUAGCACCUCAGCAGUCAAUUGGAUUGGUAGCUUUAAAGUAAGUGAUUGUGGAAUUUUACUGAUCAUGUUAUAUGGAUGAGAUGUUCAGGCAUAAGGUGGAAAUACCUUUAAUUGCUUGUAUUUAACCAUACUGCUUUGUGCCAAAUUCACUCUUUUCUUUGAGUACAGUAUUGCUACAAUGUGUUCAGGUGCUUCGAUUUGUAAGCUUCUGAAAUGCUUGUUUUUAAGCGCAUGUUAUCUCUGUAAGGCCCAUAACAGUGCCAAACAGAUGCCGUCCAUUUUGUUUCCAGAGGAACAAGACUUCACCCUACUCUGCAUCUUAAGAAUGCUGUAUGUACAGAAGUCAUGCAGACAUUCAGAGUGAGGUACAUUGCUUGAACAUUUUCUAAUAAAAGUUUGUACUUUGUUUAAAAAA